AUGGACUCGCGCAGGUUGUCCGAGGCCGUGUCGGCGUUGGCCAGACGCACAGGCGGCGGAUCGAUGCCCGGGAAGCGGUCCGGGCACUGCGUCGAGCGCUGCUGCGCGAGCGCGAAGGCGGAAGAGAGGGCGAAGAGCAGGAGGUGGAUGAGCAUGGCGGUGGGUGCGGGGGAGAUGGCGACGCGGAAUCUGGCUCCGAGUGGGGAGCAUACAAGGAUGAGUAGAGUACGGGUACGUUGUACGGUUUCAGUCAGUGAUAUUGCGACACUGUAUUGUUGCCCGGGGUCGUAA